AUGGCUUGGUUGAGAGGUCAUACGGCAAGAGAAAGAUCUCGCCUCCGCUCGUCCUGGCAGUUCCUGCACUUGCUGCCCAGACUUGAUGUCCCUGACGCAGAAGCAAUGCAGACUACCGGACUAUCCCGACAUGCGUUUUGUGUCUGGAUGCUUGUGGGGACAUACCAGUAUGAUCAUGCGUCCUUUGCCUUUUGGGAUGAGUCGCGAAUGGUCGAUUUGGGCUUUAUGUACCCUCUUUCGGGCGAAGCACUGACUCCGGCUGGAUAUCCUGAUAAUAGAGAUCUUGCUUCUCUGUGGGCCAGUAUCAUGCAAAAUGGAAAGAGUUUUACCUCAGGCUUUCCUACAAUCAGCCAAAACUAG